AUGAAGGCCAACAGCAUCCUCUCCCUACUUUCCGCCGUGCCGGCUGCCAUGGCUUGCCUGGGCUACACCGGCGGUCUCCCCCAGCCCACCGACAGCAGGACCUUGAACGCACCCCGCUACCUCCAGAGAGGUGAAGUGUUUGAUGCUGGUUGGGUAAAGUAUGACCGUGGCCAGAGUUGCACUGGCCAGAGCGAGGGAGGCGAGGCGGACACUGUCUUUGUUCUCGAGGAUGGCGCCACCCUUCGGAACGUCAUCAUUGGUAAAAACCAGAAGGAGGGCGUCUACUGCAAGGGCUCGUGCAACCUCGAAUUUGUCUGGUUCGAGGAUGUUUGCGAGGAUGCCAUCAGCAUCAAGGGUGGCGGCACUGCCAACAUCAUUGGCGGCGGUGCCUUCAAGGCUGCGGACAAGAUCAUCCAGCACAACGGCUGCGGUCACGUCAACAUUAUCAACUUCUACGCCAACGACUACGGCAAGGUCUACCGCUCGUGCGGCAACUGCUCGAACAACUGCAGGCGCUCCGUGCACAUGGAGGGAACCACUGCUGUCAAUGGCGGUGAGCUGAUGGGUAUCAACCUCAACUAUGGUGACAGGGCUACAUACUCGAACAACUGCUUCCCCAAGACCCAGUGCCAGGGCUACAAUGGCUGCGACAAGUCCAAUGGCGCGUGCGAGCCGAGCAAGUCGGGACUUUGCUGA